AUGGCUCAAUUAGCUCUCGUCGUCAAGUUCGCCGGCUACACUGUUUUCUCUUCUCUGUUGUUGGCAACCAUCGUGUGGGUGGCAGUCGCAAUCUACCGACUUACCUUCCAUCCACUGGCCAAAUUUCCCGGUCCAAAGCUCAAUGCAAUCUCAUCCAUCCCGGGCAUCAUUUCUCUCCUGAGAGGAAGGCUACCACUAGACAACAAAGUCUUGCAUGACAAAUAUGGGCCGGUUGUCCGUGUGAGCCCGAAUGAAUUGGCCUUCAACUCGGCCCAGGCCUGGGAUGACAUCUACGGGCAUCGCCAGGGCCACAUCAACAUGCACAAGUCGCCCGUCCACGUCGGAUCUGUCGACAACUUACCUGGAGUCACCACCCUGACCAUGGCCGACGAUGAAAACCACUCGAGGCAGCGGCGAGCUCUGGCCCAUGCCUUUUCCCUCAAAGCCCUGACAGAGCAGCAAGACAUCAUCCAACAUUUCGUCACUAAAUUGGUCGACAACGUCCGCCGGAUGGCGCGGGAUGGCCAGGAAUUCAAUCUCGUCGAUUGGCUCAACUUUACCACCUUCGACAUCAUUGGCGAUCUUGCCUUUGGGGAGCCGUUUGGUUGUCUCGAUAAUGGUAAAUUCCACUUUCUUGUCCAGGCCAUCUUCGAAAAUAUCAAAGCCGGAGCAGUGGAGCACGCGACACGUCGGUUUGCGACCCCGGGAUCUCCGCUCCAGCUGUACCUGAUGAGCCUGUUGCCGGCCAGGUUGAAGCAAUUCCGUCGCAGUCACCUCGAAUUCAGUCGGGAAAAGGCAUUGAAACGUCUUGAGAAUACCAACCUUGAACACCGAGACUUCAUCUGGUACAUACUGAAGCAGCGCGACAAGUUCGACCUCAAGCUGGAUGAGAUAAUUGUGAACUCGGGGUUAUUCAUCGUGGCCGGAAGUGAAACCACUGCAAAUCUACUCUCGGGUUUGUUUGCAAGGCUGUUUUGGAACCCGGACAAAUACCAGAUCCUCCGGGACGAAAUACGCGGCGCCUUCAAAUCCGAGGAUGAGAUUGUGUACGAGAACCUGGUCAACCUGCCAUAUCUCAAUGCCGUGAUUGAGGAGGCCCUCAGAGUGCACCCGCCCGUGCCCACGGGGCUUCUCAGGACGGUACCACGGGGCGGCGAUACCAUCGACGGGUAUUGGGUCCCGGAAGGAACCCAUGUGGCCGUGGGCGGCUGGGCGGCGUCACACAACCCUCUCAACUUCAAGGACCCUGAUCUCUUCAUUCCCGAGCGCUGGCUCGACAAUCCAGAAUACGCGACAGACAACAAGCGAGGAAUGGCGCCGUUUUCUCUCGGUCCCCGAGGAUGUAUUGGAAAGCACCUGUCCUACCUGGAAAUGAGAGUCAUACUUGGCCGCCUCCUCUGGAAUUUCGACAUUUUGAGCAUCGACGGAGCCGCCAUGUGGGAUCCUUCGGGGGAAAUGCACCGGAUGCGCGCGUACAUGACCUGGCAGAAGCCGGAAUUGAGAUGCAAGGCCGUCGAGGUCGGGAGGGCCGAACCCAACGAGAAGGUGCAGGCUGUCGAAGAAGCAUAA